ACGCCGCGCCCCCUGCGUGUUGACGUCGCGUCAGUUUGGAUUCUUUGGCGGGUGCGAAGCUAACCGGCUAAGUGCUAGCUAAAGGUGGAGGUGGCGCGUGGAAGAAGUAAGUUUGUUCGUUAUAUGUUAUUUAUUAUUAUUACUGACGCAGCUAGCACGAGCUACGGUAGCUAUUAGCAUUGCAGCGAUGCUUUCCAGCUGCUAACCGGCCGCUGUUAGCAGCUGUUUAGCCACACAGCAGUGUAGCACAUAUGAUGCUAAUGUUAGCUAGCUAAAAGUAGGGGACAGUUGAAACACAUCCACCAUUUUAUUUAUUUUGUAUUAAUUAGCAUUAAGAGGACAAAGUGUGACGUUACCCCUCAACAGGAGACAACAUGUCGGUGUCUUUCUCUUGUUGCAGAAGACAAUAACAACACGUUAUCUGUGCGACAUGUCAGUUAAUGCAAGGCACGAGCUAACUCCUAUUAGAAGCAGCAGAAAACUGGUAACUCUCCAACACAAUCAACCAUUUAUGUGUUAUGCUCCAUGAUUCUCUCAUGAUGCUGUGUGUAAGGAAACAGUAAUACUGGUUUAACAGUCCUCAUAAGACAGUUAAUGUUGCUGGAGCAAACAAAGAAGUGAAGAGGAGGAAGAAAAAGGCUUCAAAGAGCUUAUAGUUGUCUUUGCCCGUCCUUCUCUUACUGUUUACUGUUUCACCUCAUUCUCAAUAACUCUCAUUGUGCUGCCGUGUGACUGACUAGCACAAUAACAAGGGGGACACAGGGUGCAGAGCCACCAUGUUAAACGGGGGUCACUUUGUGGAGGCGCUGGGCCAUCUCGGUUAUCCCGAUGCAUCAUCGCUGAAGGCCUCAGAGUUCGACUGGCUGUUCGACUGUGCUCCGGAGAACCUUCACUUCUUGCGCUUUGUCUGUCGGUCCCUCAACCGCAACAAUGUCCUCACCAUGGAGGAGGCGCGGGCUUUUCAGGAACUGCGGAAGUCCGGCAAACCGAUUCUGGAUGAAACAGCUUUGGGAGAGGUCCUAAAAACCAUUGGCCCUUCAGAUGGGAGCAGUGGGCCUUCGUCUUCAUCCUCUGGGUUUGCAGCGGAGGGCGAUUUGGCCGUAGAGGACCUUGAGGCCGAGCUCCAAGCGCUGCGUAAAGAGAGAGAGCUGAAGCAGCGACGCUUUAACAAGUUACAGGUUGUGGCCACCUCUCGUGCAGAUGUUGACCUGCGACUCGCUGCAGAGCUGGAGAGAGCUGCGUGUAAGCUUAAGGAGGCCAGUACUUCUAUCGGAGGUGAGAAUGCUGACACCAACACUCUGUUACAAAACCUAACGGAUGAGGUGAGGAAACUUGCUUCAUAUGUCCCUGCUCAGCCAGAACCUGUGGCCCCAUCACACACCUCAAUCUCCAAAAGGCCCCCAGUCCUCCUUUCUCAGUUGUCCUUGGAUCCUUAUCUGCACCAGGAGGAGCUCAACACCAAAACAUUAGCUGCCUUCACCCAGAAGCAUUUCUUCCAGGGCAUCUCUGACAUUGUUGAGACUUCUUGCUCUGAGCGCUUCCAGGUCCUCGACCUCAGUUCUUGUGAAGAUGGAGAGGAGGACAAGAAGGAGAACACGAGGGAUGAGAAUGAGGGAAAAGAGAAGGAGGCACGGGUGGUGGAGCGUAGGAGGACGGAGAUGGCCAGACUUCAAUGGUCUCAUAUUGUGACCCAACAUCAACUGAUGCAGGCAAUGGCAGAGGAGAAGAGUGUCGAGGCUGGACUGGAUUGGCUGUCAGAGCAGUCAGCUCAUACUAAGAGCAUUUCCACCUCCUCCUCGCUACAUGUGCGUGAAGUCGUGUCCAGGAAGGAGCUGCAGGCUGUGGAGGCCGAGCUGGAGGCUCUGCUUCAUGGACCAGUACCCGCUGCACUCAGGGAGUCAGCCAGGCUAAUUAAUGUGCCUGUAGUGAGGGGAGACCUGGCUCUGCAGCUGGCCAGGCAGGACUACUAUACCUCCAGACAGGAUCAGGUUCGUGACUACCUUCUCCGUCAGAAGGCGUCCUUUGACCUGGUCCUGCUGGCUCAGCAGAUGGAGAAGAGGAGGUGGAGGAUGUGUCUGAAGCACCUGGGAGAAGUAAACAGCAGAAUGGUAGAGGAAGGUGAAACAGCAACUCUCAGGAUUGAGUCCCUGGCACGUCCUGACCUGGCCAUCAACCCCAGGAAGAACCCGAUCAUCAGCUGCAGGGAUGCAGCCUUCAGCAGACUGCUCCAGAUCCUCAACCACGAUUCAGAUCAUGGCCGAUCGGAGCCUUUUCGAACCUAUGAAGCAUUGGACCAGGCCGCUCAUGACCUGGCAGGAAACCUCCAGGUGACCCGAGACGCCUUAGCUGGUGCUGGCCAUGAACAGCACUACACCACUGCCCGUCUUAACGGUGACAGUGAGGCGCUUCACAGGGCCAUGUACACAGAGCUUCAGCAGCUGGUCCUGGGGCCGCAGGUAUGUCCAACGGCCAUCACAGGUCAGGAGCUGCUCUGCCCCAAUGCACAGGAGCUGACAUCCAAGCUUGUGGAAGCAGAGUCACAGCUGCAGAGUUUGCAGAACUUAAUGCAAGAAAUCAUGGGGGAGGUCAAAGCCAAACGUUCUCAGCUGGAGCGCAAUGCCCUCCUGAGGCGGGAGAGACAAUUAUACAUCUACUUUCACUUGGAUGCCCGACUGCUGCAGAAAAUAGUGGAAGAUCUGGAGGGCAAGAUGCCUGCGAAGAGGGGACAGCGAUAGUCAAACGAACAAGAAUGGCUGAGGAGAUUUCUUAUAGUCAACUCAAACUCUGGAGUUUUCGUGCAACAGGAGGUGAACUGUGUAAUUAAAGCUUGAAGAGAUGCUGGUUGGAGAAGCACACCGUGUGCCUUCAGUGGAGGUUUACUUAUUAAGCCCUCGCUCUGUGUGAAACUUACUCUGAACGUUCUCUCAGUUUGUCUGGGAGACGGAGAUCGAUCCCUGAAGUCCUCACUUGACUCUUCUUUGCUCAACUUGGGGAAAAGUUUGGUUUUAUAAGAACGUUGUUGCUUAUACCACGACUGGGAUUCUGUAUGUCAUGUCAAAACAAAGAAUUUUCCGUUAACUAAUCCCAGAAAAAUGUUGGAAUUCAUUGUCUCUUUGUUUUAAGCCGUGUGAUGAAUAAAGUAAAAUGUUAAUCUUAA